GUCCGUCGCAGAAAUACCACGCCGCUUUUGUGACAUCAUCAACACGAGACGCAGUACCACAACGCCGAAGCGACAGCAACAAUGCUUUUCUACUCGUUUUUCAAAUCUCUGGUGGGGAAGGACGUGGUGGUGGAGCUCAAGAACGACCUGAGCAUCUGUGGAACACUUCACUCUGUCGACCAGUACCUGAACAUCAAACUCACAGACAUUAGCGUCACAGAUCCAGAGAAAUAUCCACACAUGCUGUCUGUGAAAAACUGUUUCAUCCGUGGAUCUGUGGUCCGGUACGUUCAGCUCCCUGCAGAUGAAGUUGACACUCAGCUGCUGCAAGACGCUGCACGAAAAGAAGCAAUGCAGCAGAAGCAGUGAUUCACCUGCGAGAUGGGGGAGACGGAGGUGGGG